UCAGGAUAAUACCUGGGACAUCUUCAUCUCUCAACAGACAAACAGGUUUUAUUCACCAUAUGGACAACAUAUCUCUCAAUAUGGUGUUCACCCUUUCUGGCUUUAAAGAAUUAAAAGCAAACAAAUACACAUACUUUGUUUUAAUUUUAAUUGCUUAUUUGUCAAUUAUUUUAUUUAAUUUGAUUGUGAUUGUGACAAUUAUUCUAGAGAGAGCACUGCAUGAGCCCAUGUACAUCUUCCUGUGUAACCUGUGCUUUAAUGGACUGUAUGGGUCAGCUGGUUUCUACCCUAAAUUCCUGUCAGAUUUAAUUAAUGACGUUAAUUUCAUCUCAUACAAUGGCUGUCUGCUACAAAUAUUUAUAAUCUACAGUUAUGGAAUGUGUGAGUAUUCAACAUUAAUGAUGAUGGCCUAUGACAGGUUUGUAGCAAUAUGCAAACCGUUGGAGUACCACAUGAAAAUGACGUCUCAGACUAUUGGGAGAUUGAUCUUGUUUUCAUGGUCGUUUCCUUUUCUAACUGUAUUUGGUGGGAUUAUGUUAACAAGCAGAAUGCAAUUAUGUGGAUCCCACAUUGAUAAACUCUACUGUGACAACUGGUCAAUUGUGAAGUUGACUUGUGCACCAACAACAAUAAUUAAUAAUGUUUAUGGGUUUUUUGUGAUCCUUUCAGCAAUAGCACAGGGACUAUUUGUUGUGUAUUCUUACAUAAGGUUGAUCAAUGCAUGCAGAAAAUCAAAAGAGAAUAAGAACAAAUUUAUGCAGACAUGUGUGCCACAUUUGCUUUCGUUAAUCAACUUUACAAUAGCUAUUCUUUUUGACGUAAUGUUCAGUCGAUAUGAGUCUAGGAAUUUCCCAAAAGGUUUACGUGACUUCCUGCAGCUGGAAUUUGUAAUAAUUACUCCUCUUUCAAAUCCCAUUAUAUAUGGGCUGAAACUGACCGAGAUACGUAAAAGAGUUUUUAGACAAUAUAAGGAACCUAAAAUUAAAGAUUCUCUGCAUACCAAAAAAAGAUAAUGUGCG